GGCGCCGGCCGGGGUGGAGGGUGUCCCCUCGGCCCCGGGCAUGGAGCUCCCGGGUCCCGUUCGUCAGCGUCUGGGAGACUUCAGCCGGACCGUGUUCAGUGACUCCAGCCGGACCGGGCCCGAGUACGGCGAGGCGCCCGAUAAUGAAACGGUCUCCAGUCUGGGUUUGCAGAUGUCACUUUACUUUAACACUUACUUUUUCCCCCUGUGGUGGGUGAGCUGCGUCACGAUGCUUCACAUGAAGUACUCGGUCUUGCCUGACUACUACAAGUUCAUUGUGAUCACUGUCAUUGUCCUAGUGACCCUGAUUGAAGGCAUUCGCUUGUACCUGGGCUACGUGGGCAACCUACAGGAGAAGGUCCCGGAGUUGGCUGGGUUUUGGCUUUUGAGUCUUCUCCUUCAGUUGCCUUUAAUUCUUUUUCUGCUCCUUAAUGAAGGACUAACAAAUCUGCCUUUGGAAAAAGCAAUACAUAUCAUCUUCACGGUCUUCCUUGCUUUCCAAGCCGUUUCAGCAUUUCUGACCUUGAAGAAAAUGGUUAAUCAGUUGGCAGCGCAUUUUCGCCUCCAGGAUUUUGACCGGCUUUCCGCAAAUAGAGGGGAUGUAAGGAGGAGGCCAUGUGUAGAAGAGAUUUGAGGAGUACUAAUGACUGAAAAGCUUGAAGAUGGUUCUAGAAGACUGGAAGCAUUACAGAAUAUCUGAGACCAAGCAUGCAAACAUGGCUUUUCCAGUUGGAAGCAACAAUGACUUCAUGCAGUACAUCAAAGUAGUGUAUUGAACUUGCAACCUAGAUGUUGUCCACCUGAUGUUUAUUUCUUAUGUUUUUUUACCUUUUGCUUUAUUUUUUUUAAAUUUUGUUUUUGAGUUAGGGUCUUACUCCAGCCCAGGCUGGCCUAGAAUUCACUAAUGUAGACUCAGGCUGGCCUCGAACUCACAGUGAUCCUCCUACCUCUGCCUCCCAAGAGCUGGGAUUAAAGGCGUGUGCUACCAUACCUGGCAGCUUUUUACUUAUUUACAAGUCUAUCUAUUGUUGGUUGUAGCUCACCUAUUUUUCUGUAAUAUUUUUGGUUAGGAUCUAUAACUAGAAUCGUGUACUUUUCAUUUAAAGUUGUCUGUUAUCUGUAUCUUAGCUAUUCAGCUGGCCAUGUUUCUUGGAACAUAUGAAAAUGCCUCCUAGUCAGUAUGCUUGUGUAUUAUAAACCAAGAAAUAAUUUUUUUUCCCCUGAUGCAGGGUCUCACUGUAGCCCAGGCUGACCUGGAACUCACUAUGUAGUCUCAGGGUGGCCUCGAACUCACGGCGAUCCUCCUACCUCUGCCUCUCGAGUGCUGGGAUUAAAGGUGUGCGCCACUAUGCCGGGCAAUAAAUCAAAUUUUCAUGGGUACUAGUAUUCUAAAUCUUUGUCAGUUGUUAUAGUAAGAUAAAAAAAAAAAGGCAAGUGGAAUAUCAUGUAUUGUGUUUAGAAUAUUUUUGUUAUAAAAUACAACUUUCAUAAAACCA